UGUGAAGUCUAAGUUUCACAUGCCGUAUCUACCUCUGGAGCCAUUGCAGUAACUGCGUAAUAGUUAGAAUAGACAGAAAUAAUAGCAACAUUUUUUCAAAGCGGCAAAAGUUUCUGUGCUUUGUCUCUUUGAAAAUGUAGGAAAAGGGCAUAAAGUUCAGUGCUGCUUAAAAGAGUAUCGUCCUUGCUCCUAUUGAACUUCCCCUCCCUCUCUCUUAAUUCUGCGACUGAAUUUGCAGACCCGAGGUAGAUGAGGGAAGCGCUUUUUUCUCUCUCUCGUCUUGAAAGAAUUUAUUGCACAGAUCAACACUGAAUGGCUUGUUGAAAUUUAUCUUGAGACGCAAUGAGAAAUUUAGUGAUGUCGCCCUGGGAUUAAACCGAAUGGAGGUGAUGUCACCCUGUCUGAAAAGAAAAACAAACACACACACCAAGUGAACGAUGCUGCCAAGAAGAAAGAUCAACCCCCACGUCACUUGUGGCACUCGUAUAAAUAUGGCCCUACAAUUUCCAUGGCUGUCUGUAAGUCUCAGAUAGCUUGAACUUUGGAACAAGAGAGGAGCUCUGUGUCUUUUUAGCACUGAGGCACAAGGAAAUCUAGAAGUUCAUCUUUGCCAGUGGUUUUUAUGUGCCAAAGUGAUAGGGAACGGGGAUAGACUAGCAUCUCUUUAGCUCUUUCCACUGAAAGCUGAAUGAGCGACAGGAUCAGCCUGUGAGACUGAUUACCCAAGACUUCGUGAGAGGAAGCAGAGAAUCUCCGGAGCGCCAAACGUUAGUCCCGCCGCUAAAGGCUGGGAAAAUGCUAGCAACCUUGGCAGCGUUCUUCCUGUGGCUCAGGGUCAGCAUGGGGGUGCACGGUGCUCCCUGCGAGGCUGUGCGCAUCCCCAUGUGCAAGACCAUGCCCUGGAACAUCACCAGGAUGCCCAAUCACCUGCACCACAGUACCCAGGAGAAUGCCAUCCUGGCCAUCGAGCAGUAUCAGGAGCUGGUGGACAUCAGCUGCAGCCAGGUGCUCAGCUUCUUCCUGUGCGCCAUGUAUGCCCCUAUCUGCACCCUGGAGUUCCUCCACGACCCAAUCAAGCCCUGCAAAUCGGUGUGCCAAAGAGCCCGAGAUGGAUGCGAGCCCAUCAUGAAGAGGUACAACCACAGCUGGCCCGAAAGCCUGGCUUGCGAUGACCUGCCUGUGUACGACCGAGGGGUCUGCAUAUCCCCUGAAGCCAUAGUCACCGAUGUCCCUGAAGAUGUGAAGUGGAUGGAUUUUACUCAAGAUGUAAUGGUGCAAGAAAAACCUCAAGAGUCUAACUGCAAGAAUCUAAACCAGGCUCGAUGCAAGUGCCGGAAGAUAAAGCCUACCCUAACAACAUACCUGACCAAAAACUACAGCUACAUUAUUCAUGCUAAAGUAAAGGGUGUAGAGAGAGGUAGCUGCAAUGAAAUAACUACAGUGGUUGACGUGAAAGAGAUACUUAAAUCUUCAAUACCCAUUCCUCGGUCUCAAGUGCCUCUUCUUACUAAUUCAUCCUGCCAGUGUCCACAUCUUCUCCCAAAUCAAGAUGUUCUCAUUAUGUGUUAUGAAAGGCAUUCAAGGUUGAUGCUUCUUGAUGGAUGUUUAGUUGAAAAAUGGAAGGAUCAGCUAGAUAAAAGAUAUAAGAGGUGGGAACAGAGACUGCAAGAAAAGGUGCGAACAGCCCAUGAUAAAAAUCAAAACGUUGGACGCACUGGUCGGAGUGGUGCACCAAAAUUGAACACUAAGAACACCAGCCAAGUGCUGGGGACCCCCAAAAAGACCACUAAAAUAAGAAAUGACCAGAAACAAACAACCCCCAAAAAAGUAUGAGUUAUGAAUUUCCUUAAGGAAAGACUUUCUUGCAUGAUGAGGGUCACAAGCUGGCUUGAGUGGUAUGUGUAUUACUCCAGAACUCAUCAACUGCGGUAUUCUGCAUAGACUUUUUUUGUAGCACUUUACUUUUAAAUGUUUGCCUUUUAUUUUAAGCCACUGCAAACCAUAGAUUGUAGGUUUGCACCGAUGUGUGGUAGGCAUAUUAAAGCUGAUUGAUGGCGCUUAUCAUAUUCAGAGCAGUCGAAUGCAUAGUUUACCAAUAAACAUCUGGAUAUGCGUUAUCCAGUUUUUUUUAUGUGUGUGCCAUAAAUAUGCUUACAUUAUUAGUGUUUGAACUGUGUGUGUUUGUGUAGCAAAAACACAUCAAAAGGAAACAUUUAAUUUUUUAUUGUACUUCAGGCUGGCUUCUGUUGUUAUAACUUUAAAUAUAUUUAAACAUUUAGAUGAAAAAUAUCAAUGUUUUUAAAAGGAACAAAUUAAAGUGAAACAAACCUAUAGAGUGCAUAACAGUAAAAUUUACAGGUUUGCCAUUUGCUGAAAUAUGGCUUUGUUAUGAAAAGUGAUUUAAAACAACUGGAGGGAAAACAUAUUAUUCUGUUACUGUAAACAUGCCCUUCAGUUACUCUGUAGUGCAGAUGUUAAAAUAUUCAAGAGAGGGACUAGUGUAUCUCAGGAGUAAAGUGGGCAAUUAGCCAUUUUACCACUGGAGACCUGAUUUUAAAUUUUGCUUAGAUCUCACAAGGAAAAGAGAUUGCUACUCCCUGUUCAUAAACUCCUCUAAACUACCACACAGUUUGGCACAACUGGAAGGCACUCGUUGUAUUGAACAAGGACCAGGACAACGCUGAUGCAGCUACUCGUGUGCUUAAGGAUAAGCAUGUGCUUAAAUGCUUUGCUGGGUCAGGAUAAAAAUCACAAAGGUGAGGUAACUUAAAUAUGAGGUACAUUGGCACAACUCUGGGGUGCAGUUUACACUGCUCCUGACUGCACUCUACCUGGCUCAAGUCAUUGCUACAGGGGUGCUCUGCUUUUUGCUAACACCUAUUUAAUGCCAUUGCAUACUGAACAUUUGGCUGUUAAAGUUUUAGUGCCUCUGAGCUUUAAUUAAGGUGUUAGAGCUCAUAACAAAGGUCUCAGAGAACCCCCAAAAUCUUCCAGCAAAACCAAAAAAUACUAGACUUAACACUGCUGAUAUUUUCUAUUUUUUAAGGGGCAAAAUACCAUUCUUAAAAACAAGCAAGCAGACAAGCUUUCCUGCCUUCUUUACCCAUCUUAAAUAAGAAGGAGAAAAAAAACAAAAACAAACCCAAGUUUAAAAAAAUCCUUUGCAUGUCUCCCAAUUUAUCGUGUCAACACAUUAGUAUGCUGAUCUAAGUUACUGUAGGAAUCCUAAUGAAGGUUGCAUGCAUUUUAUCUGAGGGCAUAAUUUGUCACCCUGACUUGGUAACAAAAUGUUCUAGCACAAGAAACAAAAGAUGCACAAAUAAAUCCAAAUAGCACCCAGCAAAAAUAUUACUUUUGUUAGCCAUGCUCAUACCUGUGCAGCACAAUCAGCUUGCUCGCUGGCGUGCAAGCUAUGAACUUUUCAGGUGUGCAAUUUCUAGCUGCGAGACCCCUGAAUGGCAAUAAAUGUGUGCUUUGUGUAUUUACACAACUAGAAGAACAAAGUGACAAAAAGAUCCAGCCAAAAUGUCCAAAUGUGGGCAUCCUAAGCUAGGCACCUCCAGCCAUUGUCUUUGUGCAGAUGCAGGAAUUCAACCUUGCAGAAUUGGGUCCCAGAUCUAUGUUUAGGCACCCAAGUGGACUAAUUUUCAGAAGUGAUGAGCACCCAUAGUUCCCAUUGAUUACAGUGAAAUGGGGGAUUAUUAGCUUCUCUGAAACUCAGGCCACAUAGUUAGGUGCCUAAAUAAAAAUUAUGGAUGAAAUCCUCUUUCCAUUGAAGUCAAUAGUAAAACUCCCACUGGCUUCAGUGGAGCCAGGAUUUCACUUGAGGUGCCUAAAUUAGACACCCAAGUUUGAAAAUAUUGAUCUAAUCAAGCAUAAGCAAAAAAUUCAAUAUUUUUAAAAAGCUUCUAAAAUAGUAUGCUUUUAGAGCAUUGUGGAAAUUCUAAUGCUUUGUUUUCAUAUCAAUCUCAAGUUAACCCCUAAAAGAAAGCUGGUGAAUACAUGUAAGUGUAAUUAUUAAAAAAGGAUCAACAUUCUUAACACGGCAUUGUUAAACCAGCACUGUAUCUGUGAUACUUCACUUUAACAAGCUUUGUUGUGAGCAUACAAUAUUGUGAGCAUAAGUGUGUUUGUUGAAUAAAACACCGCUAUUUAGAAAUUAUAGCAGCAUUACAUAUUAUUUUACAUCUGUUAAAAUCAAACUUUUAUCCAUAGCUUUUUUGAUAUUAAAGAAAAAGUGUAAAAAUUAUUUGCUACAUAGAAUUUGCACCAUUCCUUCAUAUUAUAAGAUCAUUCAACAUUCCACUGUAUGGGAAUAAAU